AUGGGUGACGUGGCAUGGCUCCUUGCAGAGGUGGACUUCUACGCCGCUCAGACCUACAAACAGGAGUUCGAGGAACAGUACCUUCGAGAUAGUCACACGCUGCUGGACAAGUACCGGAAACUGGCCAGUACCUACAAACCGUCGUUUAAGAACGAGUGGGUGACGAAGAGCGCGUGUGGCGACGCGAGGGAGAGGAUCCUGGAGACAGCGAGCGAGGUCGACCCGGAUGUGAUUGUACUGGGAAGUCACGGGCAUGGCGCUAUAACGAGGGUCUUACUGGGGAGUGUGAGCGACCACGUAGCACACACUGCCAAUUGUGCGGUCAUGAUUGUCCCAACCCCGCACCAGUCAAUUCCAUCCACCGUUGCUUCUGCCAUCCCCGGGAUGGAUGCACUUUCCAAAAUAGUCAACUCGGCUCACUAG